CAUGCAGGGAGAGUCGCACCCUGCCAAACUUAUAAAGAACAGAGACCGGAAAGGCAGCGUUCCCGCCGCACUGCUCGGUCUGCUCCGUGACCGCGCGGUGACACUCAUAGGUUGCGGGGGCCUCACGACUGAGUGCCUUCGCGAUCCUGAAUUUUCAAAUACAUGAUUCCUCGACACAAGUCGGAUACGGUGGUAGUCCGAAGACACGAGACACUCAACCAGCGUCUCCCACAUUGAAGCAACGGUCUCGGAGACAUGACAUCGGUGGGUGGAAGCCAAAGUUAGGCUGAAUAUCUCAUGGAGUGCGAGC